AGGUUUAAGUUUAGAGAAUCAUGCCAGAAUCAACAUCAUCAGCAGCAUAAAAUUGUAGAUUUCAUGGUUAAGGCUAGUGCUAUGACGGCAUUUAACAUGGAUAUUCGAUCCAACGAUACUUUGAACCAUAUUGAUUGUGUCGACGUCAAUAAUGAAAGCAAAGAAAAUGGUUCUGUAUGUGAUCUAACCAGCGAUUCUGGUGUAUCAACAUACAAUUCCUGUUCUAAUGAAUAUGCUGCGUCCACAGACUGCGAAACUUCUCCAACAAAAUCUACUGAAAACGCUGAAAAUUGUAGCAACAGCGACUGUGUUAAAAAUGAAACAAACUCUUUUUCGAGUCCCAUAUCGUUAUCUUCCGAUGUUGAUGAGCUUACAGAUAAUAUUUCUGCCGAAAAACGGUUGUCGCUAACUGAAAAUACCUGUUCUCAAUCAGAAAAUUCGCCUACCAAAGACAAAAGUGAAAUAUGCCAUAGCAUCGCAAAUCAGAGUGAAAGUGUUAUAUUGGAGCCUGGUUUACUUAACGACAGACUCACGACAGCACCUUGUUACAGUAACAACAUCACAGACUAUGUAAACAACAUUUCCCUUGCAUCAUCAACAACUAGUCUAAAUGAGCAAGCCAUGCAUUCCAUUAACAAUAGUGUCAUAUCGAAAUCACCUUACAGCAAAAGUGCUGAAAACAUAUCAACUAUCGAACAAAAUGUUAUUGAGAAAAAAUUGUCUUCCAACGAAAUAAAUGCUGAUGAAAUUUUAACAGAGUUUGCUAACAAAAAGAGCAAAGUUGCUGCCACACAAAAUGUUCCAGAACUGUCUCAGGCUAAUGUUCAAGCAAAUGUCGACGUGAGGUUCUCUCGGUUGCCCAAAGAACUCAUUCCCCAAGACUUGGGGAGUAUCGUUAAAAAUGUUCAUGGUAUUUUCUCCACUGUCAGUGGAAGUCUGAAAAAUGCAUACAAUAACUCACAUCGAAUGUCAAUGCAGAAAACAUUACCUAAGGCUAUACCAAAGCCUAUACCUAAUGGCAAGGUUAUGAACUACAUUUUUGAGGAAGAACCUUGUGAAGAGAGACAGAUGGAAAAAAAUUAUAGCAUGGACAAUUUAAACAGCAGUGACAACUCGGAAACUAUGAACAAGGAAGUCAAAGGUGACUCUGACAACAAGGAAGUAGAAGGAGACUCGAAGACUGACAUGUUAAAAAUGCAAGUGGAGUCACUGGAACAGUUGUUGGCUGAGCAAAGGAAAGAGAAUGCAACAUUGAGGGAAAGAGUAAAGCAACAUUUGGACGAGUUGCAAGAGAAGGAUCACAUGUUUAAAGAUAUAGAAAAUAAACUUGAUUUGAUGAGCAAACGUGUGGAGCAAGCAGAGCGCGAGAAAGACGCAGCAGUAAUGAGGUACGCCAGCGUUGAAUGUAUGGCUAUUGAAGCUAAACGGGCAGCGGAGAAGGCGGCCAAUGCUGAGAAGGCAGCCUUGACCGAAGUGGAACUCCUCAAUAGCAAGCUGAAGUCUGCUCACGGAGAGAAGCAUAGGAUCUGUCAACUGUACGAUGAUAAGUGUCAUGAGUUGGCUAACAGCGAACGCGAGGUCUUUAAGGUUCGCGAGGAAAUAAAAGAGUUGGAAGGCAGACUGAAAUGGACCCAGAGCAAGCUGCGAAUGGAGAUGGACGCUUACAAGGAAAGUGCUGAAAGAGCUGAGAAACUUUCCCAACAAGUCUCAGAGCUGGAGGCAGCUAGAGACUCAGCCGCGGCCCACGCAGGGGAUAGUGCUAAGGUCAAACAAUUAGAGUCUGAUUUGAAGGAGUGUCAAGCUGCCCUCAUACUGUGCCGACACGAAAAGCAAGACCUGGACAAACAGCUGUCGUCUCUUUCCCACCAGCUUGACGCCUGCACGAGGGAGAGGGAUAGCAAUACUGCCGCUCUACUCGCCGCCACUGCCGAGGUGGAGCAGUUGAAGGCAAGUAAUCUACGCUUGGAGGAAGAAGCGGCGGAACUUGCAGCAUUAAGAGCCCAAGCUGCCCUAGCUGACACUUUAAGCGCUCAACUACAACGGGAGACAGACCGCUGUUCCCGCUUGGAGUCCUCCUUAUCUUCUGCUCGCGCACAAGCUGAGACUUGCGCCCGUAGAGAAGCCGCCGCCCUGGAGCACGCCGCCCGCCUCACUGCCGCACACGUGACCCACCAGGCCACGCAACACAACCAACACGAUAAGGUGCAAGCCCUAACAGCGGACAACGUUUCUCUCCGGGAGCGCGUGACAGCCCUAGAAGAGGAACGGUGCAAGCUACAGGCAGCCCUGACCGAGGAGACGGACAGGCGGAACAAAGAAAACAAAGUGCUUGCUAGAAAGGUAGCAGAGUUGACAGAAGAAGUUGCGGACGCAAAUAAGAAAAUAGAGUGGGAAAAAGGGGAGAAUGGAGUGCUCAAGAAGAAACACGCCAGUGCCAUAAAGGAAUUAAAUCGCGAAUUACAACGCGCUUUGAAACGGUGCGAACAGUUGGAAUCUAAACUGCCGCCGCCGGACGCGCCUUCCACGAGAACGGGUUCUGUGACGUCACUCAGCAGUGUUGAGAGUGCCCCGCACGAGGAAAGACUCACCAAUGGGCACGUAGAAUCAGUACCCGAUAUUCAGGUCCGUGAACCAGACAAGCAAGCUCUAAUAGAGCGUAUAGUAUCACUCCAACGCGCGGCGGCGCGACGCGCAGACAGAUGCGAAUUCUUAGAAGAACACUCGCGCCAACUGACGGGCGAGUUGAGGGCAAAGUCAAAGCUUCUACGGCAUUUACUGUGCAGUAUGCCGGCCGGUGCUGUGGCGUCGCAAGAUCGGGACGCUAAUAAGAAAGAGAUAGCGCGCCUCGGUGGCGGCGCUAUGGCGGCAGUUUGGGGUGGAGAUCCUACAGGAAUGACUCUGGAAUUGUCCCUGGAAAUGAAUAAACGGCUGCAGGCAGUGUUGGAAGAUGCACUCCUGAAGAAUAUCACUUUAAAGGAAAAUAUGGACACCCUAGGAGCUGAAAUAUCGAGGUUAAAAGAACAACAGAAAGCAAAUGACACCAGCAAGGCGAACUGACUGAAAUACGAA